GUUUACACAAGCCUAGCUUCUGCAUUGAUACACAACCCUGCCGGCUGGCCUUCUUCUUCCUCCCAUCUACCUUUCUUUCUCUGUAUCCGCUACCACCGGUAAUGACCCAACCUUCCUCACGUCUCAACAAUAAAGGGGCGCGACUCCUCGAUCUUGAAUGAUCUAGGACUGUCCUCCUCGGCGCCCGGUGUACCUCUUCGAACCUCCGACUUGGUGGGGUUUAUUUGCCAUGAUGGACAUCAAGGCUUCCCGUCCAAUGCGUAGUCUACGCGUCAGAAACGAUGAAAAUAUCCCUCCUGAAGGACACGUUCUCAAGACACUUCAUCAACGCAACAAGUCGAGUCCUGCUCUCACCACAGCCUCCACCGGCUAUGGAUUGAAAGUUGCAGCCAAGCGAACUGUCUUCGGAGACGUCAGCAAUGUUGCUGCUGGCCGACCCAGUAAAGAUGACUCUUUGUUGCAAUCCAAAACCUCCCUGUACCCUUCUACAAAGCCUCUGCCUCCCCUGCACGAACACAAAUCAGCUCGUCUAUUGCAGCCCGCCCAGAGACCUACUUCUUUAUCCGCUCUGAAGUCCUUCCUUCCGGGCGGAAACAAUGACAAGGCAGCCACCCUCCUUAAAUUGGCCCCUGUCGAAAACCCUACAGCUCUUCCUCAGCCAACGAAUGCAAGAAGAUUGACUAAACGAAACACAACCAUAUUCAAGGACACAUCCGCCGUUGAAGAAAAUGAGGUCUCUCAAACGACAAACACCAUCAACCAAAAGGUCCCAAACGUCGAUUUGACCAAGUUGGAGCAUGACCUUCUUCCCCUGCGUCCAGCUUUGGAGAUUCAAGACAUCAUUGAGCCUAUCAAGGUGGACAAUGAAGUGCAGUGCGAGACUAGUCUUCCAAGCAUGGAUGAGGUUCACCUUGAUCCGCCUCAUCUGUCUAACGACGUGGUCAAUUACAGCUCCCAAUUACCCACGGCAAACCCGGAACCAACAAAAGCCCAGAACAUGUUGCCAGUGUUUAGCCGAGAGCCUCGUCACCCCCUGGUGACACUGCCUCGCGUGGGUGAAGUUCAUGUGGUGACAGCUGAGCAAACAGAUGUCGACGUAUCCAACUUUGCUCACCCAUCAAGCAACCUCGCCUCCGUGAAUUCUCAGAUGCCUUACGACCAACAACUGGCGGAACCUGAAGAAUACUGGGACGAAGAGGAUGAGGACAAUUACGAAGAAGAAGGAUUCGUCACCGCCAGAUCAUUCAGAUCCAAAGGCGACAACACAACAGGAGGCGUGUCAGCCGUUUUGUUUCCACAGGUCAACAACCGUGUUCGCAAGGAGCUUGCUGCGGCCAAACAACUUGUUGAUGCCACGCGAUCCCCGGAAGAGGUGGAAGACGAAAGUUACGAUACCAGCAUGGUUGCAGAAUACGGGGACGAAAUCUUUGCUUACAUGCAAGAGCUUGAAGUCAAAAUGCUUCCGAAUGCGCAUUACAUGGACAACCAGCAUGAGAUCCAGUGGUCGAUGCGAUCUGUAUUGAUGGAUUGGCUGGUCAAAGUCCACCAUCGUUUCAAUCUUCUUCCUGAAACGUUGUUUCUCUGUGUCAACUACAUCGACCGAUUUCUCUCAAACAAAGUUGUGUCCCUGGCCAAACUACAACUCGUUGGAGCUACUGCCAUCUUCAUCGCUGCCAAGUAUGAAGAGAUCAACUGUCCAUCAGUGCAGGAGAUUGUCUACAUGGUGGACGGUGGCUACAGUGUGGACGAAAUCCUCAAGGCUGAGCGCUUCAUGCUGACUAUGCUGCAAUUUGAGCUUGGCUGGCCAGGUCCGAUGAGUUUCUUGCGGAGGAUCAGCAAGGCCGACGACUAUGACCUGGAGACUAGGACAUUGGCCAAGUACUUCUUGGAGGUCACACUGAUGGAUGAACGUUUCAUUGGCAGCCCGCCCAGUUUUACCGCUGCAGCCUCGCAUUGUCUCUCGCGGUUCAUGCUUCGUAAAGGAGUCUGGACUGCGCACCACGUCUAUUAUUCAGGGUACACCCUUUCUCAGCUGAAGCCUCUACUCAACCUCCUUUUGGAGUGCUGCGAGGAUCCCCGCAAGCAUCACACAGCUGUGUUUGAGAAAUAUCAAGACAAGCGGUACAAGCGGGCGGCAGCAUUCGUUGAAACCGAGAUGCAGCGCGGCUUCCAACUGCCUGACGCUGGGGCGGUCGGUCAAUUCCAGCAAGCCCAUGUGAUCCAAUACUAUGACAGUGUCUCAUACUUUCGGCCAUGAGAACAAUAAACAAUCACCAUACAUGAAGCACCAUGUACAAUGGCCUCUAGCCACCCAAUCAACUUGAAACUGACGAACCUUCUACAUGGUCCAGGGGUUCCCAAUGUGUGAACCAAUCCUCUGCUCCAGACCACACAGCAUUGAAUCUCUCUUGGUAGAGGGCUCUUCCAACAAGGAGGAGCGUUUAUGAGAACGUACGAAGUCAUGACCAACUAAUUCAGCAUAAUUUGCAUCGUGCAGGGAGAAGGAGGGGACUUGUGUAGUCCUGGCGUCUUGAUGUCAUAAUAAUUGGAGCGAGCGCCGCGACGGAAUUGUCCCUUGGACGGCGCAGUAAUUCGAAGGGGUCGAUGCACGUCUUUUCAUAGUGGACAUGCAUCUUGAUAGCACCAGCAAUAGAGUUGUGCUAAUGUGCUGAUGUCUGAUGCCUGAGGCAUGGAGAGUUGAUUAUUAGCGUGUGCUCAAAAUGAAACAGCAAUCAAAGAUUCAAUUCCGGCUUUUC